AUGUCACCCAAAUCUCUAAACGACCUGAAACGGAAAGACCUAUUGCAGACAAAAGGGUACAUCAACGAAGAAUGGGUCGACGCGGCCUCAGGCAAGACCUUCGACGUCUACGACCCAGCGACACUCGACAAGAUCGCCACCCUUCCCGAAAUGGGUGCCGAGGAGGCCAACCAGGCGGUCGCAGCAGCGGACACAGCCUUCAAAUCAUACAAGCAAACGACGGCGCGGCAACGUGCUCGAUGGCUGCGCAAAUGGAGCGAUCUGUGUCUCUCGCACGCCGACGACCUGGCGCUGAUCCUGACCCUGGAGAACGGAAAGACUCUCACCGAGGCCAAAGGCGAAGUCAUCUACGCGGCCUCGUUUCUCGAAUGGUUCGCCGGCGAGGCCGAGCGGGUGCACGGCGAAGUGGUACCGCCGGCCAAUCCCAGCCAGCGCAUUCUGACCUUCAAGCAGCCCGUGGGCGUGGCGGCGUGUCUGAGUCCCUGGAACUUCCCGAUCGCCAUGAUCACGCGCAAAGUCGGCGCCGCGCUGGCAGCCGGCUGCACCACCGUGUGGAAGCCAGCAGGGGAGACGCCGUUGAGUGCUCUCGCGCAAGUGACCCUGGCGCGCGAGGCCGGGUUCCCGAAAGGCACGAUCAACGUCAUCACGACCCUGGACCUGGUGGCCGAGGUGGGAGAGGCGUUGUGCAGGAACAAGCUGGUGCGGAAAUUGAGCUUCACGGGCAGCACGCGCGUGGGCAAGCUGCUCGCCAGCCAAUGCAGCGGCACGGUGAAGAAACUGUCGCUCGAGCUGGGCGGGAAUAGUCCCUUCAUCGUGUUUGACGACGCGAAGCUCGAGACCGCCGUCGAGGCUUGCAUCAUGGCCAAGUUCCGCAACUCGGGCCAGACCUGUGUCACUGCCAAUCGUGUUUUUGUGCAGAAGGGCAUCUACGAUAAAUUCGCCGAGGCGUUGACCACCAGGAUCAAGUCGCUUAAGGUCGGUCCUGGGACUGAGGACGGAGUCUUUGUUGGGCCCUUGACGCAUGAACGCGCCGUUGAGAAGGCCUUGAAUCAUAUCAGUGAUGCGAAGAAACAUGGCGGCCAGGUCAUUCUCGGCGGAGCCCCUUUGCCGGAUCACAAGGGAUAUUUCCUCCAGCCGACCGUCAUCAAGAACAUGAACCAAGACAUGAUCACAACCCGUGAAGAGACGUUCGCUCCCGUCGUCGGCCUGUAUGAAUUUGAAACCGAGGAAGACGUUAUCGAAAUGGCAAAUGAUUGUGAUGUCGGGCUGGGGAGCUUUAUCAUCACCGAGAACAUCCCCAGGGCGUGGCGGGUGACAGAGGCCUUGGAGGUGGGCAUGGUAGGCGUGAACCUGGGAUUGCUCAGUGCGUGUGAGAGUCCCUUCGGCGGUGUCAAGCAAAGUGGCUAUGGGAGAGAAGGCGGCCGCCAGGGUAUCGAAGAGUAUCUCAGUGUGAAGUCGAUGCUGAUCAACGUAGCCAACUGA